GCGCCCUGGGAGCAGCGGGCCUGGCUGAGGGGCUGCAGCUUUCCGCCAUUGCAAUGCUCCGCACGGAGAAAGUGCUGCAGCUGCGGGGCCAGCAGGGCCGUUCCGUGCGCGUCGUGCGAGAGCACUACAUCCGCCCCGAUGUGCCGUGCCGCAGCGCCCUGUGCCGGGCCGCCUGUCCUCGCGAUGGCAAAUUGUUAUCGGAUGAUGUUACACAUUAUGUUGUCCCUGACUGUAAAGUUGUUCAAGAUUACCUUGAGAUUCUCGAGUUUCCGGAGCUGAAAGGUAUUAUUUUCAUGCAAACAGCAUGUCAAGCUGUGCAACAUCAAAAAGGACGCAGACAGUACAACAAGUUGCGAAAUCUAGUAAAGGAUGCCCGUCAUGACUGUACUGUGUUUGCUAAUGAAUUCCACCAGCAUUCUUAUUUGCCAAGAGAGAAGGGAGAAUCCAUGGAGAAAUGGCAGACCAGGAGUAUUUACAAUGCAGCAGUCUGGUAUUAUAAUCACUGCUUGGGUCAGAUGCCAGUUGUUAUGGUAACAGAAGAUGAAGAUGCUAUCAGGCAGUACGGAAAUGAAACAGAAGGAGUGUUUGUGAUUUCCUUCAAGAAUUACUUGGAUAACUUUUGGCCUGACUUAAAGGCUGCCCAUGAACUCUUUGACUCUAUACUUCAAGCUCGCCGUGAACGGGAGAGUGAAAGCCAAGAAAACAAUGGAAAAGAAUAUCCGGAGCACUUACCUGUGGAAAUAUUGGAGGCUGGGAUCAAAUCUGGAAGAUACAUACAGGGUACACUGAAUGUCAAUAAGCAUAGAGCACAAUUGGAAGCUUUUGUUCGACUUCAGGGAUUUGGCAGCAAAGAAACAGAACUUCUAAGUGACAUCCUUAUUUAUGGGGCCAGAGCUCGAAAUCGUGCAAUCCAUGGUGAUGUGGUAGCUGUUGAGUUACUACCUUUGCAUGAAUGGAAAGGAAGGACUGUUGCCCUUUGUGAAAAUGAGACUGAGGAUAAAGCACCUGCAGACACCACUGGUGACCCUAUGCCCACAGGUAAAGUUGUUGGAAUCAUUCAAAAGAACUGGAGGGAUUAUGUGGUCACUUUCCCCACUAAAGAAGACAGCCAGUCCCAGGGCAGAAAUGCUCAGAAAAUCCUUGUUACACCUUGGGACUACCGAAUUCCCAAAAUCCGGAUCAGUACCCAGCAAGCUGAAGCAUUACAGGAGUAUAGAGUUGUCGUGCGUAUUGAUUCUUGGGAAUCAACUUCUGUAUAUCCAAAUGGACACUUCGUGAGAGUUCUAGGAAGAAUUGGAGAUCUUGAGGGGGAAAUUGCAGCUAUUCUGGUGGAGAACAGCAUCUGUGUUGCCCCUUUCUCAGAAAUCCAGAUGAGUGAAAUGCCCAUGAGUUCUUCAAAAAAUCCAUGGAAAGUGAACCCAGAGGAGGAAAAAAACCGUCUCGACUUGAGAGAUACACACUUGAUAUUCAGCAUUGACCCAAAAGGCUGCGAGGAUGUGGAUGACGCACUCUCUGUUAGAACCCUGCCAAAUGGGAACCUAGAGUUAGGUGUCCACAUUGCAGAUGUAACCCAUUUUGUGGCAGCAAAUUCUUACACUGAUGUUGAGGCCAGAGCAAGGGCAACAACUUACUAUUUAGCGGAUCGUCGUUAUGACAUGCUGCCCUCCGUCUUGAGUGCUGACAUAUGCUCUCUUCUUAGUGGAGUUGAUAGGUAUGCUGUAAGUGUCUUGUGGGAACUAGAAAAAGAAUCAUACGAAAUGCUGCGAGUCUGCUACAACAAAACCAUCAUUCGAUCUGCGUACAAGCUAGUUUACGAAGCAGCACAGGGAUUAUUAGAUGGAGACACAAGUGUUGUUGGUGAUAUCCUGGAACUGAAAAACUUGGAUGAAAGAACUAGACAGAAGAAGCUGGAUGAACUGGUGUGGGCAGUAUCAAAACUCACAGAUAUAGCACGACAUGUUAGAGCUAAGCGGGACAGCUGUGGUGCUCUGGAACUAGAAGGCGUAGAAAUCCGAGUGCAACUGGAUGAUAAAAAUAAUAUCCAUGAUCUCAUCCCCAAGCAGCCGCUGGAGGUGCAUGAGACUGUAGCAGAAUGUAUGAUUCUUGCCAACCACUGGGUGGCAAAAAAGAUUUCAGAAAAUUUUCCUCAUCAAGCUUUGUUGCGUCAGCACCCUCCACCACGACAGGAAUUUUUUACUGAACUUCGAGAAUGUGCCAGUGCCAAAGGUUUCUCAAUAGACACACGGUCUAACAAAGCAUUGGCCGAGUCCCUGGAUAAAGCAAAUGACCCACUGGAUCCAAUUGUAAAUAAACUGUUGCGAUCUAUGGCCACUCACGCAAUGUCUAAUGCAUUGUACUUCUCAACUGGCUCUUGUCCCGAGGAAGACUUUCAUCAUUAUGGACUUGCCUUAGAUAAAUACACUCAUUUCACUUCUCCAAUUAGAAGAUACGCUGAUAUUGUUGUCCACAGACUCUUGAUGGCAGCGACUCUGAAGGAAACUAAAGGAGAUGUUAAGGAUUAUGUAUUCAGUAAUAAGGAUCUUCAGGAAUUGUGCAGACACAUUAAUAACAGAAACCGGGCAGCCCAGCAUGCUCAGAAACAGUCUACUGAACUCUUCCAGUGCAUGUACUUCAAAGACAAAACCCCAGAAACAGAUGAGCGCUGCAUAGCAGAUGGUGUUAUUUACUCAAUUCGAACAAAUGGUGUACUUGUUUUUGUACCAAGAUACGGAAUCAAAGGUGCUGCAUAUAUGAAAACCAAAGAAGGCUUAGUCAUCUCUUGCCGAGGUGAUAGGAGCUGUGAGUGGAAGCCUGGAUCACUUCAUCGCUUUCAAAAUAAAAUUACUUCCACUACAACUACUGGAGAAUCAGUUACAUUAAGCCUUUUCGAUCACAUUACCGUGAAAAUACUUGUGCAGACUUCCCGCUGCCAUGCUGACACAAUCAAGCUUGAAAUAAUCAGGAAUGCACCAUAUCAGACUUCAGACACAGAGGUGUCCCAAAAGAAUUUUCACGUGGUGAAAUCUGACUUAGUAAAAGAAGUCAGUCAGUCUGCAGAAGAAGCCCAGCGUGCCCAACAAAAAGCAAGAGUUGAAGUAAUUGAUGAAGACUAUCAGGAGUACUGCCAGACCAAGGGAGCAAGCUUAUACCAGCUGCUGGAGGAGAUUAGGGAUUUGGCACUAUUGGAUGUUUCAGCUGACAUUAGAACUUGAACUAUAACCUAGCAACAUCUGCUUGUUGAUGUUCUGCUCCUAUUCACUUUAUAUGAUUAAUUUUUUAAAAAAACAAGUCUUUUUAAUAAGAAACAAAAUGUCUAUUUUAAAUAAGAAUUAUUUUUAUCUGAUGAUGAACAUGUAUGAGUUUUUAAGAGAUUUUAUACAUGAUAAAUCUCAUCUUCCAAACUGAAGAGUGUGGUGAAUUCUUUUAACUGUCAUUCAAAAAGUUACUUUCCCAUGUGCAUAAAUUGAGUUCUUAAAACAGGUGUUGGCUAUCUUCCACUAUAGUUCAGCAAGUUUAACUCAUAGCUACAAGGAUAUGAAAAGCAAACUCCUUCACACUAAUCUAGAAUACAGAAUCUUUGUUUAUUGAAAUCCCUCAGCUGCACAUCUGGCAUAAAAUAACACCUGUUGACAUGAACUAUUUCAUCUGCUGUAAGUGCUGCUCUUGUCUUAAUUCAGUUUCUAGAAAUUCAGUUUCUGUUACGAACAACAGUCUACGCUGUGCUGCUGGAGAGGGCAGGCUCGGGGCUUUACCAUUAUGGUGAUUCUUGUUCAUUCAACAGAAGGGAAAACCUGUUGCACAAGUAGGAAAAACAAGACUGUUAAGAGGAUGAAACAGAGCUUCCAGACAGCAAACAGAAUCAGCCGAAGGAAGAUAACUAAUUUGGUCAAAGCUAAAGCAUGUUCCCUGAGGGGAUGUACGUCUGUGAAGAGAUGUUUGACUAGCACAAGGGAUGUGGAAGUUUGGAGGGGCUGUAGCUGUAACAGCCUCAUACAAGAAUUUCAGGUUUGACUUCUGAAAUUUAAUAGCUUCCAUUUUAUAAGAACAAGAUACAGGUACUUGAUAAGCAAGUUAAAAAAAUCCAGGACACCUGUUCAGACAUAGCACUAUCCACUAUUAUAUAUAUACCCUCUAUUAAAAAAAAAGACCCAACAACAACUUUAAUAGAAACUUGACCUGUCAAUAUCCCAGUUAAUUCAGUUUGGCAUCAACUGUAAACAAAAUUCAAACUAGGUCAAAAAACUCAUUAACUUCUCCUAAAGAAUGUCAGGAGGGGGUGGGGGGAAAGAUGUCUCAAAUGCAGAUGAAGAACUUGGUUUUGUUUUCCAGUGUACGGAGUUGCUCAUCUGCAGUUCCCAGAGAAGAGUUCUGUCCAACUGUACAGAAGUCACGGUGAAGACUUCCAUGAAGCUUCUGGAGUCAGACUGCAAAGAGCCUGCAACAUUUCAAUACAGUGAUAGUACUUAAAACAUCGGGGUCUUUCUGUUAAGAAAGUCAUUCCAAGUAUGGGGAAUGGUUACUGCUUUUCGCUGGCACAUUCCAAUUCUAUAUCUCUAUCUUCAGCUUCUGUAACAGCAACCUUGGUUAUGGCAGCUUGAGUGUCUUCGAUAAGAUCAGCGGGAUCCUGAGCAACUGGGGUAUUAAACUCCCCUUCUGAGUGACUA